AUCCUUGAGUGCUGUCGCGCAACUAAUGUAGACUACAGGCUGUACUUUCCGACUUGCGCUGUGUGAGUUGGGCAGGCAGCGGAGGGUCUACGCCAGGAUACUCAAAAAUAGCCUUCAAAGGCGAUUAGGUAUGACGGAUACUGACGGAGGGGCUCCGCGGGACUGUACGUAAAGAUGAGGAUUCCUCCGGUGUGGGCGCUGGGCGCUUGCCAAACUGGGUGAAGUGAGAACUGAGAGGGAAACCCGCUGAGAAAAAACACCACCUGGGACUGCUGAAGAGGACCUCUGUGCAGGUUCACACGGCCGUCGGCAGGGUGGAGCUUCCUGACCCAUGGAGAAUUACUUCCAGGCCGAGGCCUUCAACCUGGACAAGGUGCUGGACGAGUUUGAGCAGAACGAAGAUGAGACAGACAAUCCCAUUCUCUCGGAUGCCAAGUGGACCCAGAUCCUGGCCCCGCCAGCCCACCUGCUUUCUCUGAACCCCGCCCUGGCCCACGCAGACCUCAGCCCCCGGGAGAGUCCGCUGCCCUUCAAAACCCUCCCCGACUCCUCCUCAAGCGCCUCCCCGGGGGGCGACCCCAAAAGACAUCCCGGUCCCGAACCCUCAUCCUGGGUAGAGGAGAGGCCGGCAGACGUUCACAGCCCACCACUCCCCCAGCCCAACAUCGGCAAACUGGUGGGCACAGACGAUCUCUCGCCGCCCCCUGUGACGGCCUGUACUGCUGUGGAAAAUGGCUGUCCUGCCAGCCCUGCAAGCCCGCAACUGGAUGGCCUCGGCAAGGAGAUAAAUUCUCCUUCAGACAACCAGCCUGCUGCUUCUGACCAGGAGGCUAAACUUUAUCUGGAGGAGAAAGCCACAUCAGCAGGAGGAGGAGGCUCCGCUGUCAAUCACACUCACUUUACCUUUGAGGAUGGAUUACGACACGAAGAAGAAUCUCCGUCUCUGAAAACUCAUCCACAUGUGGAACUAACAACACAAAAUGGGGAAGAUGUCAAAGUGGAGGCUGUUUUACAGGAAAAUGGUCAAGAAAAACAAAUUGCAAACUUAAAAGAGGAGCAGGUAGAAAAUCUCCUGAAUAGAGGGAGAGACAUCCAGGCUGGUUGUGAGGUGGAAGAGAAUGGUGUAUCUUCUCCUGACAGGGUCGGAGUGGAGGAGAAGGAGAGGAGAUGUGGUCCAGAGGGACAGUUAGACCAACUCCUCAGAAUAACAAGCCUUCCCAAUGGAUUGGAGCAGGAGAGCAGUAGCCAUUCCAAACUUAAGGAGACAGAGGAGGAGGACGAGGAGGAGGGUUUUUCUCCCUCUCCUGUCCCCUCCAAAGAGGACUCUGUCACUGAGGAGAAAGAAAUGGAGGAAAGCAAGCAAGAGAGCAGUGAUGGGGGAGCAAUGGGGUCAGGUAGCAUCCAACCAAAACUCAACAACAAUAGGCUACAGCCGGUCAGUGUUCCCUAUGGAGGGGCACGACCAAAGCAGCCAGUCAGCCUCAAGCUUCAGAUUCCACAGCCGCUGUCGGGCCAGGUCCAAAAUCAGCUCGGCCCAUCCGCUGUCAGCAAGAACAAAAACCAGGAGAACCAGUGUCGGAGAGGCACGCCCUCUGAAACUACGCCUAGUGGGACUGAACAGAGUGUAGUCGGGGUGAAUGGAGAUGGUGUUGUCCACUCUCCUCCCCUGAUGCCCUCUGAGAGCCCAGACAAUGACCUUCAGGCAGGUCAGCAGGGCACACUGUGCAGGAAGCCUGCCAACUCCCUGGGAGAGGUUGCCCCUGUGUGGGUGCCUGACUCCCAGGCGCCUGUCUGUAUGAAAUGUGAUGUCAAGUUCACCUUCACCAAGAGGAGGCACCACUGCAGGGCCUGUGGCAAGGUGUUCUGUGCGACGUGCUGCAGCCUGAAGUGCAGGCUCAUGUACAUGGACAGGAAGGAGGCUCGAGUCUGUGUCACCUGUCAUUCUGCACUGACGAAUGCUCAAUCAUGGGAGACACCUGCUACUGGAAGCAACCAGAGUCCGAACCCCAACAACCCAGCGGAGUACUGCUCCACCAUCCCCCCUCUGCAGCAGGCCCAGGCCUCGGGGGUGCUCAGCUCCCCUCCUCCUACCGUCAUGGUGCCCGUGGGAGUCCUGAAACAGACUGGCAACGAGGGGUCCUUGACACGGGAGCAGAGGAGGGUGUGGUUUGCUGAUGGAGUUCUACCUAACGGAGACACAGCAGAGUCCCCAAAACCUCCCACCUCCAGCCCAGCCCCCUCCCAGUCACUGGCCAUCUCCACGUAUUCAAACAAAUCCACCACUUCUGAAUCCUCAGAGGCAGCCCAUACCCCUGUUGCCCCGGUGGGCAGCCCCGUGGGCAGCUCCCUCAGCCUGAUCCCGGAGGACGGGCUCCCUCCCAUCCUCAUCUCCACUGGAGUCAAAGGAGGUACGGGAGGCUACAUCACAGACUAUGCAGUGGAGGAGAGGCCGUCAGAGAUCGUGCUCAUGCAGCAGCUGGAGGAGGGAGGCCCAGACCCCCUGGUCUUUGUGCUCAACGCCAACUUGCUCGCCAUGGUCAAGCUUGUCAACUAUGUGAACAGGAAGUGUUGGUACGUGACGACGAAGGGCAUGCACGCCGUCGGCCAGGCUGAGGUUGUCAUUCUGCUCCAGUGUCUACCUGACGAGAAGACCAUCCCCAAAGACAUCUUCACCCACUUUGUGCAGCUCUACCAGGAGGCCCUAAGUGGCAACGUGCUGAGCCACCUGAGUCACUCAUUCUUCACGCAGAGUUUCCUGGGCAGUAAAGAGCACGGCGGCUUCCUCUACAUCAGCCCCUCCUUCCAGUCGCUGCAGGACCUGCUGCUGCCCAACCCGCCCUACCUCUUCGGCAUCCUGAUACAGAAGUGGGAGACGCCAUGGGCCAAGGUCUUCCCCAUCCGCCUCAUGCUGCGGCUGGGCGCAGAGUACCGAUUUUAUCCGUGUCCACUGUUCAGUGUUCGCUUCAGAAAACCCCUCUUCGGAGAGACCGGCCACACUAUCAUGAAUCUGCUCGCAGACUUUCGUAACUACCAGUACACGCUACCAGUGGUUAAAGGUCUGGUUGUGGACAUGGAGGUGAGGAAGACGAGCAUUAAGAUCCCCAGUAAUCGUUAUAAUGAGCUGAUGAAGGCCAUGAACAAGUCCAACGAACACGUGCUGGCCAUGGGGGCGUGUUUCAAUGAUCGGGCCGACUCCCACCUGGUGUGCGUCCAAAACGAUGACGGGAACUACCAGACGCAGGCCAUCAGCAUCCAUCACCAGCCUCGCAAAGUAACUGGAGCCUGCUUCUUUGUGUUCAGUGGUGCUCUGAAAGCCUCAUCGGGCUUCUUAGCCAAGACCAGCAUUGUGGAAGACGGUGUGAUGAUCCAGAUCACAGCUGAGACCAUGGACUCUCUACGGCAAGCCCUGAGGGACAUGAAGGACUUCACCAUCACGUGCGGCAAAGCCGACCAGGAGGAGAACCAGGAGCUGGUCCACAUCCAGUGGACGGAGGAUGACCACAACUUCAACAAGGGUGUCAUCAGUCCAAUCGACGGGAAGUCUAUGGAGUCCAUCACGAGCAUCAAGAUCUUCCACGGCUCGGAGUUCAAAGCCAAUGGCAAAGUCAUCCGAUGGACAGAGGUGUUUUUCCUCCAGAGUGAAGAUCAACCCAAUGGUCUGAGCGACCCGGCCGACCACAGCCGGCUGACAGAGAACGUGGCGAGAGCUUUCUGCAUGGCGCUUUGUCCGCACCUGAAGCUGCUGAAGGAGGACGGCAUGGCCAAACUGGGACUGAGGGUCACGCUGGACUCUGACCAGGUGGGCUACCUGGCAGGAAGUAACGGCCAGCCUCUCCUGCCUCAGUACCUGAGCGACCUGGACAGCGCUCUGAUCCCCGUCAUCCACGGCGGGGCGUGUCAGCUGAGCGAGGGCCCGGUAGUCAUGGAGCUCGUCUUCUACAUCCUGGAAAUCAUCUCCUAGAGGUCUUUGAGAUCGUCACUUCCAGACAUCCUUUUUACUUUCUGACAUCAUCUCACAGCCCGCUCCUCCAUCAUCUCCCUUCAACCGUUUGCACUUCAGAAGAGCCCGAGAAAACUGUGGCGUGCCAGGCGGGGUAGCAUUCCUCAAGUCAAACCUAUGCAUCCAACCGCCGUCUGUUCUGCUCCGGAGGCCGCCUGGGGCCUGAGGAAACUCAGAGCAGGAUCAUCUUGUCAUGUUGUCCUGUGUACCUGAACCUCACCUGACAGGUACUCCUGACCUCUGGUGUUCAUGUUAGGGUGCUCCGAGCAGGAAAUGAACACCAGAGAUCAUUCGCCAUCUGACCCCUGUGUGGUGUUACAGUGUCUAUAAGAAGUAUUAACCCCCCUGGAAAGUUGAGUUUUGUUUUUACAACAGUGAAUCAAAGUAGAUUUGAUAUGAAAUGACUCUCCACAAAGUCAUAACAAUUAAUUAGAAAUAUAAAACAUAAAAUACUUGUAUGUGUAAGUAUUUACCCUCUUUUAAUGGGACACACUUAAACAAUUACUCCAUGCAGUAACACCUUCAAAAUAUACCGCAGUGUGGACAUCAUCUGCAUCACACGGCUUAGUGCAACAGAUCACCCAGAUCCUUUAUUGAUCAAGAAUUUGUGGCUGAAAUAGCUGCCAGAGGUGCAGCUAAUAUAUACUGACUUGGAGGUGGUAAAUUAGUGAUGUCACGAUACAGGAAUUUCUAUUUUAAAAAAAUAUCGAUAUUCGAUACCACAGGGAGAAAUUGAGGGCAUAAAACCUUAUUUUUUUUAUUAAAAUAUAAAUGUAACAAUGCUAGAACCUGACAGCAUCUUUACUUGGAUAGUAGCAGAGGACAGAAUGACGAGAGAGGAAGAAUACACAGCUGGUACCAGUGUAUCGAUAGAAAGAAAAUGGGUAUCGAAACUGCUUAUUUAUAUAUAAAAUUUGGAUCAGUCUGAAGAGAUGUUUCCACAUUAAAGGGUCUUUUUCUGUUUGUCAGUGUGAGAAAACCACUUUAAAUCUUCUUUGAUUCAGUGUUGUAACACAAUUAAACUUCCAAGGAGGGUGAAAACUUAAUUAUAGGCAUUGUAUGUCGCUCACUUGUCACUCCAGUGUCACUGUGGCAGUCGGGGGGUCCUGAAGCACUGAACUCUGUGGCCUCUGUGUAGCACGGAUGCUCAUAAACGAGGGAGAUUCAUAUCCACCACUGAAAGGCCUGGGCUGUUCCUCUGAAGUUACGUUAAAAAGGAAAUUACAAAUUAUCAGAUGAGGAGUGGGAGGGUGUGUCUGUGUGGCGAGUUUAGUUUGUUUUUUGUUUUUUGCACCAUGGUGCUCAGUGCCUGCAGCAGCGACUCAUCAAGUGAUUAAGAAAAGACAUUUCAGCUUCACUUCUCUUUAAGCUUUACUCAUCAAUCACCAGAUGCUUUAAUUCAUGGAUAAAUCCAUUAACCUGCUGUACAUAUUUUUGUAGGCAUAAUUACUUCAUCCUAACUCUGCAUCUGUAGCCUCCAGAGAUCCUAGUUUAAAGACAGUGUUACUGAAGCGACUGUCAUGGACUCCUCUGACUGACGCUCUGUGAAAUAAGAUUACAAAACGCCCUUUUUUUGUCCUACAGUAGACAGAUGAUUUAAAAAAAGGUUCCAAUGCUUUAUUGAUAAACUCAAUCUGUACAUAAGGCUGAAGAGGGAAAUCAGUUUUUAAAUCUCAUCAAUCACUUCAUCAGCUUCAGUAUCAUCAGCGCUUGUUGUUUGUCCUGCGGUGGUUGGAAAUAAUCACUCGAGUUAUUUUAAAGAGAAUAAGUGUUGAAGAUGUAAAGAUAUAUAUAUACAUAAGAACUGUAUGAAAUUGCAGAAGCAGUGCACUGGAUUCUAAGCCAUUAACAGGAGAGCGAAAGUGAGCGUCAGGGUUGCUGCUGUGUCCUGGAAGACGUUUUUUUUUGUUUUUAACAGCAGAAAAGAAAAAUUCAGUGUGUGUAAAGAUUCGGGGUUCCUGCAGAAACAAGUUUGAUUGACCUGAAGCUGAAUGUAUUUCAUCUCACAUUUCCCUGCAACUUCUCGUCCUCCCAAAGCCCUGAAAUCAUGAACAUCCCGCUCCAGACUUUUCAAAACUUUUUGGACCUGCGUGGGAACCCUGCAGAUUGCUGAUCCGUCGUCUUCAAAAGGCCUAAACUGUUUUAACUGCAUCUGUAAACAGAUCACUGCAGCCCGUCUCUCUCUGCUCUGGACUGUGCUCUCCUUCAGCUACAUGGACCUGGAAAAAAUAUAAGAAUGUAUUCCUCCUGUUUCUGUUCAAAAUCUGCAAAAUGUGUGUUUUGUCUCUGGCUAGACUAAUCACCAAAAACCACCCUGUCACAUCAAAAUGCUCUGUACAGUAAUCAUUCUGCAUUAUGGCAACUUCUCCAUCUUUGAACAUGCUAAUAUAAAACCAGAAGGGGCUACACAAAAAAGUGCUGUAGACACAGUACGAGUUUUUUUUGAAGCAUUUCAUCAGAGAAACACAAUCUCGUCAUCACAAGUGAGAAUCAGACAAUCACAUGAAAAUCUGCAGACGAGCCGAUGCUUCGACCAGUUUAAAUUAGACCCGUAGCUGUUCUGUAUUCGUUUAGUACUCAAUUUGAAGUAUUUUAGGAGCUACUGUAGCAAAGUAAUGUUAGUGAAGCCGAUUUAAAAUGUUCAGUAAAGACUGACUGAGAGGUCAAAAGGUCACCAGUUCUGGGUUUAUUACUGUGAUCAUACCAGAGUUGGUGUAUCUCAAUCACUGUGUCUUCACUGUGUGACGUUCAUCAGCCGCCGCCGUCGCCGGCAGUUCUGUUUUUAUAAAUUAGCAUUAAUGAAGAGGAGACGUGAGGAUUUAUUUUUCUGACUUCCUGUUUUCUGUUAUCUUUUGUUUUGACGUUAUCUGACGUGUGCAAUAUGUCCUGAAUCCAAAAGAAAAAGGUGCAAUUUGUUUGACUGAAAAAGUAGCAUUUUCUUUUUGUAUUCAGUUGUAAGAUGUUACUAUCCAAACUUAUAACACUGCAUGCAAACAAGCUUGAAACGGUGAAAGAGCAAAAUCAACUUUACAUUUCAACAGUUAUAUCUUCUAGUUUGUGGAUGAAACUUAAAGAAAAAAAAUCCACUCCUUCAGUUCUGUCAUUGACUGGGUUUUGUUAAAUAUAAUUUCUUUUUUUUGUUUGUUUUUUAAAUAAACAUCAGUCAAAAAUGUUUGAAAAGCCAAAAACCCUGUACAUCUUUUUUUCUUUACACUUACAAAUGUCAAGAAAAGUGGUCUUUAUCAAAAAAACUGUAGUAUAUGUAAAAUAAAAACUUAU